GGCGCGCGCGCCUGCGUGCGUGCCCCGCUCUGCGAUUGUUAUUGGCGCGAAGUAAACAGGGAGGGUGGCGGGGUUCAUAGAGCUUGCAUCGGCCGACCUGCCACCAACGGCAUAAACCGACAUCCUGGGAGAAGUCCCAGCGCCAACAUGGAUAUCCGGAAAUUCUUUGGGGUUGUAAAUGCUGGAAAGAAACAUGAAUGCAAUGAUGUCAAAAAGAACGAGAAACCGAAAAAUGAAGAGGUGACCUUGAGAGAAAAGUUGAAAUCAAAGGAAAUCAAAGUGAAGAAUUCAUCUCAGGAAGAAGUCAAACAAAAGCAGGUGAUCAAGAAGAAAAGGAUAAUCUAUGAUUCAGAUUCUGAAGAGGAGGUGCAGUUGGUGAAGAAAUCUAAACAGCCACCAGAUAGAAAACAAUCUUCAAAACCUGAUAAGAUUCUAAAGAAGGAACCUGUUGUUUAUGUUUCAGAGACAGAUGAAGAUGAAGACUUUGUUAAUAAGAAAGCUUUCCAAAAACCUAAGGAGAACGGGAAAUCAUCAAGCGUUUGUCUAGGAACAACUGCGGCACCAAAGGCAGAUACAAAACAGAAAAUAAAAAGUAAACCCUUAUCGCCAGUGAAACUAACACCAACCUCUGUAAUUGAUUUCUUUGGAACUGGGAGCAUUCAACGAUCGGAGAAGAAAUUGGUGUCAAGCAAACGAAAAGAGCUUUCACAAAGCAGAGAUUCCACAUUAGAUGAUGAGGCUCUUGCCAAGCAACUACAGCUUGAAGAGAAUACAGAGCUGGAAAGACAGUUGCAUGAAGAUGAAGAAUUUGCCAGAACUCUGGCCAUGUUAGAUGAAACGCCAAAGAAGAAAAAGCCUCGGAAAGAUUUGGAAGAGAAACAGACAGCUUCAAUAGCCAAAAUGAGCCCAGAUGAAGCAGAAAAAAAUAAGCAGGAUCACAAAGUGAAGCCUGGCAGUUCAGCAUCUGAACUGAGAUCUUACACUGCAAAAGACCAGACUCCUACAGAAAGUACAAGAACGCCAGAGUCGUCUUCUAGUAAGGAGAGGAAGGAUUUGGGGGAUAAGACGUCUUCAAAAGUUAGUUCCAAGUUGGCAGCUCUGAAGCAGAAAGGAGAGGGUAUUAAACAAGAAAAUGGAACUCCAAAAGUAGAGAGUCUCAAAAGAGAAAGUGCAACUCCAAAAGGAAAGACUGUUUCACCAAAGGAUGAGAGAACCCCUAAGCAAGAGAAGAUUUCUCCCCAAAAAUCAAAGUCUGUAAGUCCCGAGGACUCUGAAAAGAAGCGAGUUAACUACCAGGCUUACAGAAGCUUCCUUAACAGAGAAGGUCCAAAAGCACUUGGUUCUAAAGAGAUACCCCACGGUGGUGAAAAUUGCUUGGAAGGUCUGACGUUUGUGAUCACAGGUGUACUGGAAUCUAUUGAGCGAGAUGAGGCCAAGUCUCUCAUCGAGCGCUAUGGGGGGAAAGCAACUGGUAACAUCAGCAAGAAGACCAACUAUCUUGUGAAAGGCCGUGACUGUGGCAUGUCUAAGUGUGACAAGGCAUCGGCUUUAGGGACAAAAAUUAUUGAUGAAGAUGGCCUAUUUGAACUAAUUCGAACUAUGCCGGGCAAGAAGUCUAAAUAUGAAGUAGCCGCUGAAGCAGAGGCAAAGAAAACAAAAUCCAAGUGGGAGAAAAUGCCCCAGAAAGCUGAAGCAGAUAAAAGAAAAAUAAGUCCAGCAAAAAGAGAAAGUGAACCUAAAAAGAAAAACCCUACCCCUGAAAAAGAUGAUACCUUGAAAUCCAUCAGAAAGGUAACUACGGAAGCAAGGAGAGGUCUGGACUUUGAACAGAAAACUCUGGAGAAGAAGCAGGCUCCAAAGGUUGUUGAGAGUCCAGUUCAAGAGACAAGUAAAGGUGGAGGAGAGGUGGUAUUGUGGGUGGACAAAUACAAGCCCACAUCCCUUAAAGCAAUCAUUGGGCAGCAAGGCGAGCAGAGUUGUGCCAAUAAACUCCUGCGUUGGCUUCGAAACUGGUACAAGAAUCCUUCAGAGGACAAGAAUGUAAAAUCCAGCAAGUUUGGAAGCAAAGAUGAUGGCUCUAGUUCCAAAGCAGCUUUGCUUUCUGGGCCCCCAGGGGUUGGUAAAACAACAACUGCUUCGUUAGUUUGUGAGGAACUGGGUUUAAGUUAUGUGGAACUCAAUGCCAGUGACACUCGCAGUAAGAAUAGUCUGAAAGAGGUGGUUGCUGAAUCUCUAAAUAACACCAGUAUCAAAGGAUUCUGUUCAGGGACAUCAUCUUCAGUUAGCACACAACAUGUCCUAAUUAUGGAUGAGGUGGAUGGAAUGGCUGGCAAUGAAGACAGAGGAGGAAUACAGGAACUAAUUGACCUGAUCAAGCAUACCAAGAUUCCAAUAAUUUGUAUGUGUAAUGAUCGGAAUCAUCCCAAGAUGCGUUCCCUCGUCCACUACUGUUAUGACCUUCGCUUUCAGAGACCACGUGUGGAACAGAUUAAGGGUGCCAUGAUGUCAAUUGCCUUUAAAGAAGACUUAAAGAUUCCACCACCAGCAAUGAAUGAAAUAAUCUUGGCUGCUAAUCAGGACAUCAGACAAGUUUUAAAUAAUCUCUGCAUGUGGUGUGCAAAAAACAAAAGUCUGACUUAUGAUGAUGUCAAAGAGGAUGCGAACAAAGCAAAAAAAGACAUCAAGCUGGGCCCCUUUGAUGUGGCCAGGAAAGUUUUUGUUAUUGGAGAGGAGACCUCUCGCAUGUCUCUUAUUGACAAAUUGGACCUGUUUUUCCAUGAUUACUCUCUAGCCCCGCUGUUUGUCCAAGAGAACUACAUACACGUGAAACCAGCUGCUGCUGGGGACAACAUGAAGAAACAUUUGAUGUUACUAAGCAAAGCAGCUGACAGUAUAUGUGAUGGUGACUUAGUUGAUCGACAAAUUCGCAGCAGACAAAACUGGAGUCUUCUACCUACGCAGGCCAUUUACUCAAGUGUCCUACCUGGGGAGUUAAUGAGAGGUUACAUGAACCAAUUCCCAAACUUUCCAAGCUGGCUGGGGAAAUUUUCAUCUACAGGAAAGCAUGACCGAAUCACUCAAGAACUGUCGUUGCACAUGAGCCUCAGAACACAUGCAAGCAAGAGAGCGGUAAAUCUGGAGUAUUUGUCAUACCUCCGCGAUGCCAUUGUGAGACCUUUGACUUGCCUGGGAACAGAAGGGGUGCAAGAUGCUGUAGUGUUCAUGGAUUCUUAUUACUUGAUGAAGGAAGAUGUUGAAAAUAUAAUGGAAGUAACCAGCUGGGGAGGCAAGCCUAGUGCAUUCUCUAAACUGGAUUCCAAGGUUAAAUCAGCUUUCACACGAGCCUACAACAAAGAGACACAUCUUACGCCAUAUUCAUUACAAAUGAUAAAGAAGUCAAAACGGCGAGCAGGAUCUUCACUGGAUACAGAACUGAAUGAAGGACUGGAAACUAUUGAAGACAAAUCAGAUAACGAGCAAGAUACUAUUGAAAAUGAUGCAAUGAUUAAGAAGAAGAUCAAGGCUGUGAAGCAACCCAGACCAGAAAGAAAUGAAGAGAAGAAAAAGGGAAAAGCAAAUAAAAAGUCAAAAUGAAUAGUUCAGUAUUGACCAGUAUUAACACUGACCAGCUAUGCAAACUUUACAGUAAUGGGACUUUUAUGCUGAGAUAUAGCUGAAAGGACAAAAUGAAUGGGUGCAAAAAGCUCUUAGAUGUGAUGUGACUACUUUAUUACUAUUGUACAAAAACAAACACUUGCUGUACUAUGUUGAAAUGAGACAAACUACAAUGUAUGUUUGAUUUUGUGUAAAUGUGAGUGGAGGGUUGGCAUCAUCUGGAAGAAUGCACUGACUUUUUGCAUGUAUUCUAUAUUUCAGCUUUGCAGAAAUCUGAUCUUUUUUACAAUAGCCAUUAUGUUGUCAGACCUUGUAUAUAGCAUAUAAUGGACAAACCUUACAUUGGAUAUUUCUUCUGUACAUUAUAAAGUGCAGCAAAUGUGUAAAGUUGCAAUAAAAUUAGUUUCAUAUUUUA